UAGUGUAAACAAAUAGACAGUUCAGUGGGAAAAAAAAAGAAGCAAACGACUUGGGGAAACGAGUAGAGUCCAGUAAGAGAACAACACUAGGGACAAAGAGAGAAGAAGAUCAUGUCUGAAACUCAAUUGGUCUGAAGACUCUUCAAAGUUUGGUCCUUUCCUCUCUUUUUUUCUUGUUUUUUUCAUUUUUAGCAUCUCCGAUCUCUCUCUGUUCUUAGAGCAUUUUGGAGCAAAAGAGGGAAGCAGCUAAAAUCACAGUUUUGCAGGUUCUUCUUCAAAGGGUUUGUCUUCAAAACUCUAAUCCCAAGCAAUGCAGACUCCAAAACCGAGGCCUGGAUCGUUAGAGGUGCCUCAGAAGAAGCCUCCUACUACAGCAACUCCUAGAACUGCUCGUAAGCUCAAGACUGCAGAAGCAGACCCUGUUUCAUCUCCCAACCCAAAAAUCAGGACGCCUAAAACUCAGAGCCCAAAAGUAGUUGCUGAUCGCCGUUCUCCAAGGACCCCUGUAAUUGAGAUUCAGAAGAGGAAAACAUGGGGAACACCUGAAGUGGCGGCGGCAUCUCAGUUAUCUCAGCUGCAAGAGGAGCUAAAGAAGGCAAAGGAACAGCUGAGCGCUUCCGAAGCUUCAAAGAAAGAAGCUCAGGACGAAGCAAACGAAACAAAACAGCAGUUGAUGGAGAUCAACGCCUCAGAGGACUCAAGAAUCGACGAGCUUCGCAAGCUCUCUCAGGAACGAGACAAAGCGUGGCAGUCCGAGCUCGAAGCGAUGCAGAGACAGCACGCCAUGGACUCGGCCGCGCUGGCUUCUGCGAUGAACGAGGUUCAGAAACUCAAAGCGCAGCUGUCUGAAACCGAGUCCUCUGAGAGCUUGAGGAUGAAACUCAACGAGGCAAUGUCUCUUGUCGAGGAACUUAGAGGCGAGGUGUAUGACGCAAAGGAAGGAGAAGCUAGAGCGCAUGAAGUUGUUUCAGCAACCGAGAAGCAGUUACAGAUAGCGAACCUGACGCUUGAGAUGUUACGUUCAGAUGGGAUGAAGAUCUCUGAAGCUUGUAACGCCCUUACGACCGAGCUAGAGCAGUCCAAAUCAGAGGUGAAGUCGCUAGAGCAGCUUGUGAGACAGCUGGAGGAAGAAGCUGAGGCUCGUGGAAACGCUAAUGAGGACUCAGAGCUCAGAGAAGAGAUAAACGCUGCGAGAGAGGAGAUUAGCCAGCUGAAGUCUGCAGUGGAAGUAACCGAGAGAAGGUACCACGAAGAGUACAUCCAGAGCACGUUGCAGAUAAGAAGCGCUUAUGAACAGGUGGAGGCAGUGAAGUCCGGAUACGCGCAGAGAGAGGGUGAGUUGGAGGAAGAGCUGAAGAGAACCAGAGGCGAAAGAGAGGCUUUGCAUGAACGGUUGAUGGAUAAAGAAGCUAAGCUGAGGAUACUAGCCGACGAGAACGAGCUACUGAACUCGAAGAUCAGAGAGGCUGAGGAGGUUAGGGGCGAGCUCAAGAAGGUGGAGUCUGAUGUGAUGGAGCUGAGAGGGAAUCUAAUGGACAAGGAGAUGGAGCUGCAGAGCGUAACGUCGCAGAACGAGAGUCUAAGGAGCGAGAUGGAGAAGGUCCAGAGCGAGAAGGACAAGGCUGUUGCAGAAGCCUUGGAGAGGCUUGGAAGUCUGACUGAGGAAGCUGAUAAGAGCGGGAAGAGAGCAGAGAACGCAAGAGAACAGCUAGGAGCAGCGCAAGUGACUAACACGGAGCUAGAAGGUGAGCUAAGGAGACUCAAGGUGCAGUGUGAUCAGUGGAGGAAAGCGGCUGAAGCCGCAGCUUCUAUGCUCUCUGGUAACGGUAACAGUAAUGGGAAGUAUGUGGAGAGAACAGGAUCGCUGGAGAGUCCGUUGAGGAGGAACGUCAACAUGAUGUCUCCUUAUAGAGAUGAAACUGAUGAUGAUUUGUCUUCUCCAAAGAAGAAGAAUGGGAGUAUGCUAAAGAAGUUUGGUGUGUUACUGAAGAAGAGUCAGAAGUGAUAAUAACUGAAGUAAGAACAAAAAAAACUAUCAUUGUUGUCUUUAAUUUUCGCUUUGUUGUUUUUUUUUCGUUUAAGUUUUAACGUGUAGACAUGUUUUUGUACCCUCUAAGCUGUAUUGUGAACUGCUUUAGCUUCUU